UGUGUGCGCGCGUGCGCUCCGGACCGGAAACAACAACAGCUGCUACGAGUCGCGCGUGUGGGCUGCGAGCAUCCGGGUCCACCAGGAUCAAGACUGAACCGGGACACGGCUCGAGCCGAACCGAACCGGGCCGCUCCACAGAGACCCGGAGGAACCCGGAGGAACCCGGAGGUCCCGCAGGUCCCGCAGGUCCCGCAGGGCCCCGCAGGGUCCCGCAGGGCUCAGGCGAUGGACACAGAGAGCGGCGCCAUGUUUCCGGGCGUCAUGGCGACCGACAGCUGGAAGCUCCGCCCUCCUCUGUCCGGCUCCGAGCAGCUCCUGCAGGACUGGGCGGUGGAACCCGAGUGUGCAGAGGAGCCGCGGUCGCUCAGUGACAGCGAAUCGGAGGCGGUCCUGCAGGCCGUCGACCCCAACGAGGUGUUCUCCGGCGGCCCGGCGGCCGACCCCUCGUCCGAGAGCGACAGCGGCGUCUCCGAGGAGCCGCCCGUCUCCACGGCGACCGCCCAGCCGGCCCCGGCGACCGUCUACCGUGUGUACGACAUCGGCGGCGUGGACGGAGCCGCGGCGCUGCCGGGACAGGAGAACGUGAUCUCCAUCGAGCUGGACCAGUGGAGCUCCCAGCUGCUGCUGUCCGACUCCUGCGUCGUCAGCGAGCUCCCGGUCGUCACGGCGGUCCGGCCCGCCGCCGCCGCCGCCGGCUCCUUCACUUCGCCAGACCUCGACGAAGACCUGCUGUAUGCAGACCUCCAGCUGACGGAGGGGAGCAGAAGCUGCUGACUCAGGAGGGUGUCUCUGCCCAACAACCUCCCGCUCACCAAGGCGGAGGAGCGGAUCCUGAAGAAGGUCCGGAGGAAAACGAACAAGCAAUCGGCUCAGGACAGCCGGCGGCGGAGGAAAGAGUACAUCGAUGGGCUGGAAAGCAGGGCGGCGGCGUGCUCGGCUCAGAACAGAGAGCUGCAGAGGACGGUGGAGAAGUUGGAGAAACACAACAUGUCUCUGCUGGCUCAGCUGCGACAGCUUCAGUCCCUGAUCAGACAGACGGUCAGCAAAGGAGCGCAGACCAGCACCUGUCUGCUGAUCAUCCUGGUCUCUCUGGGUCUCAUCAUCCUCCCGAGCUUCAGUCCGUUCAGCCAUCGCUCGCCAGACGACGACUACAGACCUACCGGAGUUAUUUCCAGAAACAUCCUGACAGACCCGUCGUCUCAGUCUGCUGCAGACGAGCUCGACCCUCUGACGGCCCGCUCCGACCCCCGCCUCCACCCGACCUCAGCCAAUCAGCAGAGCCAGAGGGCGGAGCCAGCCUCCAGGAGCCAUAGAAAACCUCCAGAAUCAACGUCUGGCAGCACGGCGUUGGAACAGCCAGUCGGGAACAGCUCGGCGGCCGGUCCUGUGGCCGUGGGGGGCCUGGACACGCCCAAACCGGCGCACGCCGACAGAUGUAGACGUAAAGGUCACGACCUUCAGACAACCUGCAGACACUGUUGGCGACCUUCUGGUGUCUUCCUGCAGGACGUCUCGGCCUGCAGGUGGCGCUGCACAUGGAAAACUCUCGGUGGUGGUUUUGUUUAAACUUUCCAGGAAGGGAAUCCCUAAAAAACUCCUGCUCUUACUUUUAUUUCCAAAGAUUUAACAGAACCUUGAAAGGGAGAAUGUCAGACCAUCGCCCCCAGGAGCUUUAAGCCCCGCCCCCUUCCUGUUAGCUUAUGGAACGAUGUUAUGUUAUUUUAGCUGCAUUUCUUUUUUUUUUUUUUUAAUGGAAUGUCAUAUGUGAUCGAUCGUCACAGGAAGUGAGGUCUUUCUAACAGGAAGUGACAUCAUGAGGAUCUACAGAUAGUUUGAAAUGAAAAAUAAAUGAUCCUGAAACACAA